UAUUGGCAUGUCUACAACAAACACGAUAUCUCAUUAAAACCAUGGCCAAAUGUCCUCAGGCUAUGCAUUGUCCUUCCUCUUUUCUGUGUCAUAAAUCUUCGUCACUCCUUGAAGAGCACCAUUAGAUGAUGCAACAGACACUCAUUUCACUUUCCAUUUAUACAUUCACUUGAUCUUGGAUGCCAAUAAGCAUAAUACUUACGUCCCACAGAUUUUUUGUUUUCCGCUUUUAACGAAAUCGAGCAAAAUGAGGUCCUCGAUUCUAGUAACUGUUGGCGCUGCGGCGCUCACUAUGGGUAGCCCCUUGGAGAAGCGCAAGAUGGAAACCUCUUGGGUUAUGGAGUAUUACACUGUUACCGUUACUGGCACCGAGACCGAGACACCCAAGCCAACCGUCUUCCUCGGCCAAAAGCAGCGACCCACUGAGACUUCUAUCCCAGUUGUCGUCGUUACAGAGACUCCUUCUGCGCCUGCUCCCCCGCCGCCAGCACCAACCACAUCCGUACCGCAACCUUCCUACGUGGUCGUUACCCAAACAGCAGAGGCGCCAAAGCCCACUACUGAGGAACCCACCCAGCAGGCACCUACAUCAGCAUCGUCUGCUUCCCCUCCCACUGGAAGUGGCUACCCUGCUGUUGCCGUCGAACACCACAACCUUCACCGCUCGAACCACUCUGCCCCUGAUGUCGCGUGGAACAGCACCCUCGCUAGCUGGGCUGCCAACACCGCCGCUACUUGUGUAUUCAAGCACGAUAUGGCCCAGGGUGACAAGCACUACGGCCAGAACUUAGCUAACUUCGGUUUGAGCUCGGGUGCUGACAAGAUUGGGGACGCCGGUGCUCUCAAGAUGGCCAUUACCAAUGCGUGGUACGAUGGUGAAUUCAACAACUACAAGAGCUCCUUCUACGGCCUGGCAACCCCACCCAUGGACCAAUUUGAGUCUUGGGGUCACCUUUCCCAGCUACUUUGGAAGGGUUCUGACCAGGUCGGCUGCGCAACCCAGUUCUGCCCUAAGGGAACCAUGUACAGUGGUUUCGAGACCUGGUACACCGUGUGCAACUACGGACCAGCAGGUAACAUUGGUGGUGCUUACGGAGCGAAUGUGCUCCCACCUCUAGGCAAGGCUAUUAUCACUGCGUAAGUCAACUAUGGGUCGACGCUGUUAUGAUUUUAUUGGCGCCUCGCUAGUGAAAUCGCAGCCGGCUAUGGAACAAACACUUCGAUUCUUACAGUGUAUUAUACGUACACACAACCAUUAUCAACACCUUUUUAUGUUGGAUUUGAGUUCAAUUCCUAGCAUACCGUCAAUGCUUAUU